AGUUUUCAUUGUGGUUAUGAUUUUGUGCAGGACUUCUAGGAUUGUGGAUGAGCUCAGAGCAGUGUUUGUUUCUGUUGAAGCCAUUCCUGUUCAAGUUCUUCUGACUGGGGUGUGUUUCCAAAUAUCGGAAGGUUCAACUUUAGGUGUCAGGGAAUUUCUUGAGGAGUUCCUGUGCAAGUGGAGGAAUUUGGAUGAAAUAUACUUUGUUCUUAUUGGUGCAGAAGGAGCUUUGGAUUUCGAGGAAGGGUGUGAUAGUCAUUUUGUCAUGGGAAUUGGUAAGUAUAUGGAAGUUGUUGAGCUGUAUGCUGUCACACUUCUUGCUAAGGUUUCCAACGAUGUGGAGCUUGCAAUCUCUUGGGUUGAGAAAGCUGCUUUGCCUGAAGAAAAACGUCAGGGGCUUUUGAGAAGAUUACACUCCCUAUGUUCCUCAAACGUGACUAAUAUGUCACAAGAUUCUUCUUCACAUUUGCUGGAGGUCAAAAAUGCAGCUGAUUCUUCUCGAUUGCCCAAAGCAACUUUAUUGGAGGGAUCAUCAAAAGCAUUGAAGAAAGGCUACCAACUUAAUGGGGAGAGUAAUUCAAAACAAGCAAUUUUGAAACUCACUAGUCGAGCAAAUGCAUGUCUAUGGUUUUUCCGUAAUAUCAGUUUUAAGUUUGGCAAUGUCCGGUUGGUUAUAUCUGGUGGAAGAAUUUUCCUUGGCUUUUUGAUCUUUCUUAUAUAUUAUGUUCUCCACAGGAAAAGGGCUUCCUUGCAGAGGAUUGUAAGGAGACAAGUUUUAGCCAUUAAGAAGGCUAUGGUGGACUUGUGGCAACUUGCAUUUUCAUACCAAGUAAACCCUCUUGCUGCUGUUCAAUCUCUUCCUGCUGCCACGUCGGGAAGUCGGUAAUGACGCCGCCUUCUCCAUUUAGUAGGUAGCAGUCUUCUGAUGCAUACCCUUAGUGUAGAUGUGAUGCUAUUGUUCUAUUUUUCAGUUCAUCAUCCAUGUGCUUCUGGAAAUAAGGAUAAAAUGUAAAAUGUUGG